AUGUUAAUAAAUUACGCGGGUAUGAGUGUGGAGUGCGCGCAUAAAAUAAUCUUAUAUGAUAAUUUAUUAGCAACUAUUCAAUCAAAUCAAUCUCAAGAUAUUAAUUCUUCAUCUACAAAUAAUAAAAAGAAGAAGAAUUAUGGUAGAUUAGUCAAACGUUUGAAACAUAAGAUUCGUUCAGCCAAUUUAAUUCUUCAAAAAACAGAUAAAUCUAAAGUAUUUCAUUUAGGUACACGUCAACAUUAUGAAAAGAAAUCUAAUGAAUAUAUGGAGAAAACCAAAGCAUAUGAAUGUUUAGGUGAAAAUGAUCCAUUACCGAAUUUAAUUGAACGUACAAAUAAAUAUCUAUUAGAUUUACGAUUAGCUCAUUGGAUCACUCAAAAACAAUACGAAAUUUUAUGUGUAAAACCAACUGAAGCAAAAUUAGCUCAUCUAUAUUAUUUACCUAAAACUAAUAAACCUGGUACGCCACUUCGUCCAAUUGUUUCUGGUCUUAAACAUCCAACUAUUAAAAUAUCAAAAUAUCUCGAUGAGUUACUUCGACCAUUAUUUGAUAAAAUAGCAUUAAAGACAACUUUUACUUCUGGAUUCGACGCAAUGAAAGAACGAUACGGAGGGUCGAAA